AUUGAGACAAACGUGAGCGCAACUCUGAAUUGGGACUGCAUUUCAUAGUUUGUGAAUUUCCGAUGAUCUUGCCGAUUGCCGUCAGUUGCAUAGAAGGCAAUAGUUGAUGUGGUGCUCGUACAAAAUAUGGUGUUCCUAAGAUGCUAAAACAGUAUGUAUCAUAUAUAUAUGAACAUAUCUGAAGUAAGAAAAGGGAAAAUUGAAUAUGGCAGCAGCAGCUGAACUUAGAAAUCUUGAAAGGUGGUUUACAAAACAACAAUAACAAAGUAAAAAAUAUUACUAAGAGAAAAACCGAAAUAUUUACGUAGUAGGGCGAAGUGAACAAACUAGUGAAGAGUCUUAAACGCAAAUGGUUAUAAUUAAGUUAAAGAAGAAGUGAGUGAACGAAGUGUAAAGAAAAGGUGUUGAAAUGUGAGAAGUGAACGAGGAAAUGAACAAACCGAAAUUGGAUGAAAGUAUACAAAUAUAAAUAAUAAAAUUGUGUUUAGAAAUGUGAAUUAAAAGUAGAGCAUACAAAUUUUUGAUGGAGCGCUAAUUAACAAAAACUAAUAUUAGCCAGAAAAAACAAAAACAAAUGUAAAAAUUCAAAAAGUGUAAAUUUUAAUAGAUAUGAAAAAUUAAAAAGAUUAUUUAAAUUAUAAAAAGCACAAAAAUGCAUAUUGAUAAGAACAGAAACUCAAAUGAAACAAAAAAAUAAUGGUGGCAAGAAAAAUAAAAAAGCUAGUUAAACAAAUUUAAAAAUGUAUGAAAUUAAACCCUAAAAAUUUGAAAUAACAUUUCGCAGAAUCUGUACAAAAAAAAAAACAGAAUAUGAGUGAAGGAAGAAUCCCAAAUGGAAAUUAAAAUUUAAAAUAUUAAAUAUCAUAGCAGAGUAGUUUGCACGUUUUAAAUAAAAUAUGCGAAGAGUUAAACUAUGCACAUCGCGAAAAUCCUUGCAAAACGUUCAAUAGCAUACAUGAAUUAUGAAAAAAAUAUCUAAAAUUAGCGAUAUGCGUAUGCACAUAAGGGCACAGAAAAAAUUAAAAUAAAAUAAAUUAGUGAAAAAGUUUUUAUAAAAAAGUAAUACAAAAUUUCAAUAAUUAAUAAGCAAACGAAUCAUAGCUUCGCCUGAAAAAGGGGCUACACUACACGACCGCUUAGCGUAGUUGCUGACAUCCAAUCAACAACUUGUCAAUAUAACAAUUCAACAAUUCUGUAGUUUGGCAAUUCAGCAAUUCAGCAAGUUAUCAUACAUACAUACAUUUGUGCAUAGCGAUAAAUAGAAGAAAAAGUCUAAAACUCGAUUGGCAAUCCAUCAACUCAGCAAUUUUUCAUUUCACUCAACAAUUCAACAGCCGAAUGCAGCCAUAAGGGCAAUCAGCCAACCGAACCGAUCCCACAGUGUGAUCGACUGUGCGGCCGACCUACCGCACUUACACACUUACAUACAUACACAUACACACGCUCAACAUUUCAGCAAACAUCCAUAAGAGAUUUCCAUUGCAGUAAGCAGCUAGUAUUUGGCAAUCGUUGAACCUGCAACGGCGCAUCAACUGAGAUUGCUGUGCUUGCGCAUCUACGACAUGGUAUGAAGGAGCCGACGAACAACUUGGACGAUAUUGUGCCUGGCAGGCUGACAUCAGCCGAAUUACGGGCGAUGGCACUGCGACAACAACAGCAAAUCGACUCACAACACCAGCUGUUGGCUACCAAGGAGCAGCGUUUGCGUUUCCUUAAAUCACAAGAGGUGCGCAAUGCGGUCGCCAGCGCUGAAGGUGAACGCCUGCGACGUUUGCGGGAGCGUGUGGAGGCGCAGGAAUCCAAAUUGCGACGCUUGCGUGCGCUGCGAGGUCAAGUGGACUUACAGAAGACUUACAAUGUUACGCUGAGCAACGAUUUGGACUCGAUUCGAGCUCUCUUUAGUGAAAAGGAGAAAGAGCUUAGUUUGGCAGUUGCGAAGGUGGAAGCGCUCACUAGACAACUGGAGGAAUUAAGACGCGAUCGUCGCUGUCCAAUAAAUCUGCUAUCAACUGGUGGUAAUAAUGGCAAUGCACAGCCCUUGCCGCCACAAGCAUCACGGGAACUCGAGAAGUUGCGGCGUGAAUUGGUGUAUCGUAAUCAACUAUCGCUGCAACAAGAUGCCCGCUUACAUUUGCAACGUGAGGCAUUGCAGCAACGGCAGGCUGAACUGCGCUCUGUUGACCAGCGCAUUUACGAGCUACAGACAAGGCUGCAACGUAAAAAAACCGCCAAUUUACAAAAUAAUAUGCAAAAUCAAAAUCAACUACACCAGCAACAACAACAGCAACAGCACCAACAGUCUGCGUCUCAGCAACCGUCACAUCAGCCGCCGGCGCACGCGUACAAUAACCCUAAGACCAAUGCCGCGUACAAUCACCAACAGACCAAUCACCACAAACAAGGCGUGGCCGCACUCAAACAGCAAUUGCUGCAAAAACAAGCUAGUAAUCUAUUAACUACUGCGCAACAGCAACAUAACUCUUCAAAGUUCCCUAAUAUUAUCAAUCGUGAACCGAAUCGGAGUAUGCAACGCGGCAAUGUAGCUGCUGUCGAGCCAUACAUACAUACGCCACAGAAGUCGGCGAUCGCACCUGGAAGCGGCUACUUGGGCGCAGGCAAUAUAUUGAAACAUGCAGCUGCCACCGCUAACACCAAUCAGCAAAAUCAGCUGAUACAAGAUUUGACGCACAUGAAACUCAACAUAACUGCCGCUACGCACAGUCCACAAGGCGGCGCGCCAAAUGUGCAUGUGCUCAACAGCGGCACAAAUGCCGCUAAUACGCAGACGUCGUUCUUUAGUGGUGAAAGCGACGAAUCAAAGUUGGCGAAGAAAAUGCUAACAGCAUCGCUGGCGGCCGCUAAAGCCGCGGAACCAACUAAGCCCGUGGAAGUGGAUACAUCGAUGCACAUCUAUGCCGAAGUGGGUCCGAAAAAGCGGGACUUGCUGAAGGCGGCGGAGGCGGCCAAAGCGGCCGAGGCAGCUGCGCGUGCUACUGAGGCAUCAUCAAUUACCUCAUCGUCGUCAACAGGCUCGGUCAACACCCCCACCACCACCACCACUACAGCCGGGACCACGACAACUAGCAGUAAAAUACCUAAAAGCAUCGGCUCCGCCACCUCAGCAACGGCCAUGAUCAGUAAAUUAAAUAGCGCAGCAGCGGCAGCAAAGGAACGCAACGAAUUGGACAGGAAAUGCGAAAGUGCAGCAAACGAAGCGUUGACAGAGAAGCAACACAUUCAACAGCAGCAACAAUUGACCGUGCACAGUAUGCCUUUGGGCGCUGCUAAUAAGUCGCUGGCCACCGCUGUGGCACAUACAAGCGCGUCGACGACAACAACCGCCAGUGGUGACAGCGUGCAUGCGAAACCGAAACCGCUACAGACGCAUGCAUCCGGUAGUUUGGCGAUACCGCCGCGAAAACCCAUCAGCAGCGUAGCACCUACAUCAGUAACCAGCUCUAUACCGAAAAUGAUUGCCUACAGUCCAAAAGUAAACCGUGUUGCGCCAAAUGUGGUGAGUGCCACAGCAACAGCGACAACAAGCUCAGCAUUGACAACAACGAACGCAGCGUAUUCUGAUCGACCCGCAUUGCCACCUAAGCCCAGCAAAAUAUCGCCCACAGAGCAUACGAACGACCACAGCUCAAGCGGCGCUACGAAUACAACAGUAGCAACAACAGCAACAGCGUCUACGUCGAUGCUAAAGAAACCUGCCGUGCACGCGGCUUCAAUAGCAGCUGCCGCAGCAGUUGAAUUACAACAAGCCACACAAGGCCUGCAAACGCUCAAUAUCAAUGAUAACCUGCCGAUCAAGGCGAAACCGCUGACAAUACGUAAGCAGCCUAUGUGCGAGCAGCCGCGUCUUAAGUUAGGCAACAGUGUACCUAAGCCGCCACUACAAGCUGCACGCAAAAUGGAUGUGCCAGCUGCAACAUCGUUUCUGUACCCUGCGGAUGGUUGCCACAGAGGUGAGCGCAACAAAGAUGCGCCGGAAAAUGUUAACGGUGGUGUGGGUGGUGGCGUCGCUGGUACCAGCGGUACGAAUCGCACAACUGGUGCGAAUAGCGCGCCAUCUUCGGCUGCCUCUUCACCCGAACAGCCACCACAGUAUUCGCCACCACAAGUGCCGUCAGCGACAAGCGCUCCACCAACGCACCAACAGCAUUCGCCUAACAGCAAUUCUCAAUCCAGUUCCAGCAUGGAUGAAUUGGAUAAGAUAGAACGGCACAGCGAUGGCGUGAGCGGAAGUGAAUCUACCACCACCGAUAACAGUGGCCUCAAGCGCCGUGCCGCUUCCACCGGCAGUGCGCCAAACACCUCCUCACUCGCAUCGGCGACGGCUAGCAACGGUAAACCAAAAUUAGCGCGCCGUGUGAGUUUUGAUCCGCUUGCUUUAUUGCUGGACGCUAGUCUGGAGGGUGAGUUGGAAUUGGUGAAAAAGACCGCAAUGCAGGUUGCAAAUCCUAGCGCAGCGAAUGACGAAGGCAUCACUGCGCUGCAUAACGCCAUCUGUGCGGGUCAUUUUGACAUAGUCAAAUUUCUUGUGGAAUUUGGUUGCGACGUGAAUGCACAAGACUCCGACGGUUGGACGCCACUGCAUUGUGCGGCCAGUUGCAAUAAUUUGUCCAUGGUGAAGUUCUUGGUGGAAAAUGGUGCAUGUCUGUUUGCAUCGACACUGUCAGAUCAUGAAACACCUGCGGAGAAAUGCGAGGAAGAUGAAGAAGGUUUCGAUGGUUGCUCCGAGUAUUUAUACAGUAUUCAAGAGAAACUCGGUAUACUUCAUAAUGGCGAAGUGUAUGCGGUAUUCUCGUAUGAUGCUCAAAACAGCGACGAACUUACAUUCCAAGUCAACGAUCGUUUGGUUAUCCUGCGAAAAGGCGAUGAUGCCGAAAGUGAAUGGUGGUGGGCAAAGAAUGCGAACGAAGAGGAAGGAUACGUGCCCAGAAAUCUGCUGGGGCUCUACCCAAGAGUCCCACCACAGACCUCCAAUUUCAACGAUUAGCAGUUAAUACGUUUUUAUAUAUGUAAAAAGAAAUCGGGUCGUCUAAUACAAAAACACUACAUAUCCAAGUAUUUGUAAUAUUUAUGGCAGCUUAUGGAAAACAUGGCAAGCUAACAAAGUACAACACAAAUUGGUGAUUGGAAGUAAAAAACAUUUGGCGAGUUGGAGGAAUGGCGCUCGAUAGUGACGUACGAAGCAUUUUAUAACUUAUUUCGUAUACAUUUUAUUUUCAUACAUAUGUAUGUAUGUACAUCUAUAAAAGCAACCCGCUUUAGUUCGACUAACUUAAUUUUGUGCAUUUGUUUUAAGAGUUUGUAAUGUAAGAUAGCAUUCGUUUUUUUGCUAUCGCCUGAAUGUGUCCAUAGAAUGUGCAACAUUGAUAUUUAAGCGUUUUCGAAGGUUUUCUAUAUACUAAAAUACAUACAUAAGCAUGUAUAAAUGUAUGUAUAAGCACAAAAAAAUGAAAAAAGCAAAGUGAAUACGAUAAAUUCAUGAAUACAUAAAUACAUACCUUGUAACUCCUACUAAAUAACAAUAAUAUUAAGGCUUACAAUAAAAAUAUUGUAUAUAAUAAACGAAAAAAAAAACAAACACAACA